AUUUCCCUAUCCAACUGAAACGACAGCAAAGCCAACAUCCAAACACCAACACAGCACAACACCAACAACCAACUUCAACAACAGCUGGGCCACCGACCGGCGAACCGACCAGCCAUGGGGGAUCAAGCACCUCCCCCAAGCGCUAGCGUGCUCUUUGGUGCACCACCCUCCAACGCAACUGCAGGCUCUCAACCACCUGCACAGCAACAAACCCCUGCGCAGCAACCCCCUGAACAACAGCAACAGCCACCGACGGCCCACCUCGCUGCAGAGCUGUUUGCAAGCCCUGCCCCACCACAACCACAGCCAGCACAACCGCAGCCACAGCAACAGCAAGCGCAGCAGCCAGCGAACCAUGCCCCAGCGCCCCAACCAGCAGCCGCAUUGUUUGGUGAGCAGCCAACCACAGAACCCCCUGCACAGAGCGCAGCCGUCUUGUUCGGCGCACCGCCGGCAACAACGCCGCCACCAGCCACCGAGGCAGCGAAGCCAGAGCAAGACGAGGGCAGGGCCACCAUAGCCGCCCCUACCGACGCCGGCACUCGCGCUGACACUGCGCAUGUGCAGGAUGAAGCAGUAACCGACACAGCGGCCUCAUUUGCCAUCGUUGUGGACGGCGACGUUACGGACGCGCGGGAGACGGAAGAUGCACCCGCGCCUGACGAGGCACAGGCGGUGACUGGUGGUGAAGAUGCAGGUGCCGAAGGUGCCGGAGGUUCUGGGGAUGAUGAAGGCGGCGAGGAUGUGGAAGGUGAUAAACGGGUGGAGGUUGGCGAUGAAAAAGACACACAGCAUGCUGCUGAGAAGGAUGACGAAACGACGGCAGUCGAUAACAAUGACGAAGAACCACCAGCAGAUGCGAGCACACCCGAAGAGAGCGUGAGCCACACGAAGAGCGAACAGCCGCCACAGACAACAGCCACAACAGCACAGGAAACAACCACGACACAAGACACGACGCCACCGCCAACAACGACAACGACAACAACAGCAGCAACAACAACCCCUCCUCCACCAGCACCAGCAUCAUCGUCCACAGCACCAGCACCAGCAUCAUCGUCCACAACACCAGCACCAGCAUCAUCGUCCACAACACCAGCACCAGCAUCAUCGUCCACAACACCAGCACCAGCAUCAUCGUCCACAGCACCAGCACCAGCAGCCGCCACGACCACGGCCGUCGCUGCGCCGGGUGCGACCACCGCUGCUGCAGACACGUCUGGGUUUGUGUCUGGCCCUGACCAGCAGGCGCUGCUGUUGGAGACGCAGCGCCUGUUCCAGCAGCAGAUGGAGGAAAUGCGACGCAUGACAAUGACGGCGAUGGAGGCGAUGGCCGCCAAGCAGGCCGAGGCUGCAGCCCCAACUGCCGCCAAAUUCAAACGCAGCAAAGCAGACAGCGACGAGGAUGAGGACGAAGACGACGAACCGCCCCCAGACCCGGAGGACGACAUGGACAACUGGCGGAAGCAGAAGACGAAGAAGGGGCGUGUGUACUUCUACAACACCGUCACAAAGAAAUCGCGCUGGAAGCCGCCAAAGUGCUGGGUGGAGCCGCCACCAUCAUCAUCUUCAUCGUCAUCCGCAUCGUCGGCUGCUGGCUCGGAAGGCGAAGAGGAGGAGGAGGGAGGUGCAACGACAAAGCAGAAACAGCAGCGAGGGGUGAAGAAGGCAGGCAUUCGUGGUGACAGCGAAGAGGAGGAGAAGGAGGAGAGUGCUGAUGACAGCAAGGUCACCAAGCGCACACAGAAGAGAAGGGAUAAGAGGAAGAAGACGAAAGGCAAGUCCUCAGCGGCAGGCGCCUCAGCACAGCAGCGGCAGUACCGAGACGAUGACGACGACGAGGAGACGGAUGAAGGUGUGGCGUGUCCGCAUUGCGGUGCGGACAAUUUGUCCACCGCCAAGUUCUGCUGCGAGUGCGGCCGCAGUGUGCGCGAAGUGCCCAAGCUGUGUCAGAUGGAGGGGUGCCGCAGCUUUGGGACGGCCAAGGAGGUCGUGUACAGCUGCAACGACGAGCUGCUGACGCGCCGCAACAACGGGCGCACGCUGUACCUGUGCCACCGGUGUGGAGAGAUGAUCAAGACGUUCCCGCUGUUUGAGAACAUUGAUCUCGUACAGAUUGCGCCAAUCCGUGACGAUAUGGACGACGGAUUCUCAACCAUCAGCUCGUGGACGCGGUUACAUGACAUGUAUCCGACACUCGCAUCGCAGCACACCAGCUUCCGCGGCGGUCCUCUCACGGGGCCCUUUGCCCAGAGCCAGGCCGACCACGCCCCCUAUUCCCAUGCAGCCCAGGGCCAGGCCUCUGUUGUCGGCAAGAUGUCGCUGCUGGACGCGGCGUCCGCAUCGCGACCGGCGGACGUGUCCGGUUCGCGCGGUCCUCCCGGGCGGUACAUUGGCGACGCCCCCGACAUGACAGACACGGUGAACAUCCAAUGGUACGAGAUGCAGGACAUUCCACCCGAGGACGAGCGGUGGGGCAAGCUGCUUUUGGACGAGGAGGAGGAAGAAGAGGAGGAUAUGGAGGGCGGUGAGGGCGCGAUUGGUGAAGGUGCUGAGUACGGUGACGGUGUGGCAGCCGGUGAAGAGGAGCGAGCACCAUCACCAGAACCAAUGCCCGUUCGCCCGCUGUUUCCAGUUGUGUCGUUUGGGUUUGGCGGACAGCUCGUGACUGUCUUCCCGCACUUUGCGCAGCCGCCAUCGGAGGAGGAGCAAGAGGCCAGUGCCGGUGGUGAUGCGGACACCGACAGCGACGAAGGCGACGACAGCGACGAUGGAGAUGGGCUUGAUGUUGACGUGGCACCAGGCGACUCGGUGUCAUGCCAGGCAUCUGAGCACGGCAGCACCGUGAAUGAUGACGGUGGCGCCGGCAAUGAUGAUGAUGAUGAGGAGGAGGAGGAGGAGGAGAGUGGGCCGCGUGCGCUUGGCUGCACUAUUGUUGUGCACUCUCUCGGCAGCAUCCUGCUGGGGUGCCGUGACGGCCCCGACAGCACAGCCACGACAACAGCGACAACGGCAGGUGCAGCGGCGGUCAAUGGUGGUGGUGUCACGGGGGAUGGCGGUGAUGGUGGUGCUGUCGUGACAGAGGAGGGAGAGGAAGAACGUGAUGGUGGUGGUUAUGAUGUUGCUGGUGGUGGGGAUGGCAGUGGAGAUGAGCAGAGCAACACCAAGAAGGAAAAGGCGAAGGGGAGGAAGGAGGGACCACAGGAGUCAAGCAAAACUGCUGUCAGUGCACACGCCAGCACCGACGACGACCACGAUGUGUUCCGGGCGGCGUGGGCGGACGUGGUGGUGCUGCAACAGGGGGACGUGUCACAGUGCAUGCUCGGCAUGCAGGGGCUGAGUGCUGGUGGCGUGGCGCAACUUGUCAACGCCCUCUCCGAUUGGCUGCACGACAACAAGUUUGCGCCGAGCAAAGUGCUGCUGUGUCGACUGCUGGCGAUGCUGUGUCGCCACGGGUUCCCGCAGCCGCCCACACCGGAGGGCGUGCUGUCGCUCAGCUCGGGCCUGCUCGACCAGGUGUCCUCCCUCCUGCAGACGCACAGCGCCAUCAGCACCCGCGUCGGCGGUGAUAGUAUUGGUGUUGGUGGCAGCGGUGGUGGUGGUGAUCAUGAAGAUGCUGGUGAUGAUGACGAACUGGUGGAGGGCAUUAAUCAUAGCGCUGUCACGGCUGGCUUGGAAGCCGCUGUGGGUGGGGAUCAUGGUGAUCCGAGGAAGCGGGAGCAGCAGAUGCGACAGAUGCAGGCGCUGCUCCUUGCUGGUCAGCGUGAGGCGGCGUGUAAGGUGGCGUUGGAGGCGGGUUUCUGGGAGCACGCCCUCAUCCUCGCCUGGUACACUGGACCAGAACUCCACAAGCGCGUCGUCACUCGCGUUGCGGACGAGCGCUUCUCGCCAAGCCAUCCGCUGGGCGUGCUGUACCACGCCUUUGCCGGACAUGUCCCCGCACCGCCACCAGCGGCGCCCCCACUGUACGACGACGUCACGCAGUGGACAGACACGCUCCUCGCCUUCCUCAACAACCCUACCAGGAGUGCGAGUGACGUUGUGUCGCAUCUUGCCCGCUCGCUGGUCGCCAAGGACGAGUGCACAGCGCACGACGUGUGCCGCCUUCUCCUCGGGCAGCUCCCGGCCAUCAUCGCCACUCCAUCAUCAUCGUCAGCAGACGCAGGAUCAUCAGCAUCAUCACCCAACACGAUGUUGCUUGCACGCAACCACCGCGGUGGCGCUGCGCGCACGUCUGCGUUUGCCAACGCCCUCGCCAUCAAGCUGACGGAAGUGGCGCUCUUUGCUGCUGUGCAGUCGUCCAACAUGCACGCAUUGCAGCUGAUUCCCGGGUUCCACGUGUAUCUGUAUUGGAUGGCCGUGCACGCGUGCGAGUGCGGGGAGCCCGCUGUUGCCCUGAGCUACUGCGAAGCCAUUGCAGGCAUGCUGGCCCAGUGCUCCGCCGAGCACUGCCGCAUGUUGCAUGUGUCAUACACGUUCCUCUCCGCUGUCGUCUCGCUCGCACUGCGUAUUCUUGCAUCGAAUCCGGCAUGUGCUGGCAACAGCGUCAUGACAUCCUUCUGGACUCACACGGGUCCGCAAUUGCUGGCGUCAAUGCGACCACAAACAGCACAGCAGCAGCACCAUCAGCAACAGCAACACCAACAACAGCAGCAGGCGGUAUCAACGGGUGCACCUGCUGAGACCACUUCGGGCUUCCAAGACAACGCUGCUGCUGCUGCCACUGAUGGCUCACGUGAUUCACAGGACUGGACAGCAACAGGCGCUGUCGCCCACGACAUACACGACGCACACCCACAUGCUGAUGAUGAUGAGCACAUGCAGCCAUCCACGUUUGGUAGUGGUGGCGAGGAGCCAGCAGGGCUAAUGACAGCGACAGCACGGCAGCCAGAGCACCCGCACGCAGAUGUGGCGACGACUGCAUUCGCGCGCGCGCACGACGAGACCCGUGGUGCCGGUGCUGGUGGUGGUGGUGGUGGUGGUGGUGACGAUGAGGACAUGUUUGGGCACGGCGGGAUGGAUGUGUCGCCCAUGGGUAGCAUGCCUGAUCUGACGAGCAGCGCAGACGCGGCGCAGUGGCGGCAGUGGCAGCACGAACAGGCAACGAUGAGCGCCACCGACACCCCGUCUUCGCAACACAAUCAGCACCAGCACCAGCAGCACAAUCAGCACCAGCACCAGCAACACAAUCAGCACGAGCACCAGCAACACGAUCAGCACCAGCACCAGCAGCACGAUCAGUACCAGCACCAGCAGUACGAUCAACCACAACAGCAGCAUCAGCAGUACGCGGACGACCAGCGACAGCAGCCGCAGUUUGGUGGGGAUGAGCCGGAGCAUGCCGGUGGACGGGGCGCCGGCUCCGCUGCGUCGAUGACGGGCGGUGAUGGUGAUGAUGCCAUGAUGCAACCUCGCCUCGGCUUUACGGCGGCGCCUGCAGACGCCAUGACGCAACCGAUGGCACAGCCUGUGGUGCCCCAACCACAACAGUCACAACAACCACAACAACGACCACAACAGCAGCAGCAAGGCGAAGCUGGGGCGACAUCCCUGCUCCAGCACGACGCACAGCAGUCCGCAGCAUCGCAGCACACGUCGGCCUCGCACAGCCGCGUGGAUUCCCCAGCGCUGACAGAUCCGCUGUCGUUCUCGCACAGCAGUGGCGCCUUUGCACAGCAGCACCACCACCAGCCCCAGCCCCAGCCGCUAUCAACGCCGUUUGACCAGCCCAUGCACCCGCCCACCACUGCACACCAGCCACAGCCGCAAUCACAACCGCAAUCACAACCGCAAUCACGGCCACAGCCACAGACGGGCGGGUAUAGUUCGCCGUUUGAUUUCACUGCACAGCAACAGGCGGGUGCGCAAAGCAACUCGCGUCUCCCCCAUCUUCCUCCUCACGGCGGCGAUGCUGACCGAAACACAACCGACAACGACACGGAGGAGAGUGAUCACGACACGGGCGGCGAUGGUGGUGGUGACGACGGCGAUGGCAGCAACGACGAUGGCAGCAGGACAGCUGCGUCAGACACAACGCAGCCCGAAGACCAAACGCAGAAGCAGGCGCAAGAAAAGGCGGGCGGGUUUGGGCUGCUGAGUUACCUGUUUGGCGGCUCGAAGAAACCGCGCGUACCGACAGCGCAUCUUGAUGAUGGCGACACGCCGCUGGAGUUUGACCAGGAACUCAAGACAUGGCUGCCUGUUGAUCCUGAGGAGCGGAAGAAGGCGAUUGCGAAGAUGAACGAGAAGGUGGCACCGCCCCCAACAAAUGUCGCUGUUCCAAAGUCACAACAACAGCAGCAGCAGCAGCACCUUAGCGGUGGCGGGCACAUGCCACAGCCAUCAGCACCCGGCCAAGCAGCACAGGGUGCACAUCAGCCGCCAAAGCGCCGGGCGAACAAGCGAAACCGUCGCAGUUAUCUCGCCACCCCAGGCCUGCACGCAGAUGACCGCGUGCGUGACCAGGGCAGUGCGCCGCCACCCAUGCCCGGCGUGACGCCAGCACCUGCCACCAACUUCUUCGUGCCGCAGCCGACACCCCAGCAGGAGGACGAGGGGCAGUGAUGUGAUGUGGUCAUGGUGAUGUGGUGUGACAGGCGCGUGGUCGUGAUCGGGUGUGUGUGUGUGUGUGUGUGUGUGU